CAAUUAUCAUACAAAGAGACUAACAUUGCUCGUUAGACUACGAACCUGAAUAUAUUAAAACAUGAUUACAGCCUUUAUUUGGACACGGUCAUGAGAUCUCCCAACGACACAACCGAUGAUUACUCCAAAAUGUUCUAUCAGGCCAAUAUUUUUGAUGAUGAUGAAAUCUUGAAAGAAAAUGAUACAUCUCUAUGCAGGAGAAUUGCAGCAUUCUUUUUCGGAUGUUUGCGCAAGAAAGCGGAUAACUUUUCGGAUGAAGCAUUUGCAGAGAUUGAACAGUUGUCGCAUGUCCCGAGAAAAUUGUAUUCGUUCACUGAAUUAGAGCUGCGUAAUAUCGCGCCGGUGAUAAAAGACGCUGGUGUGCAGACUGGCAGCAGUUUGGAAAUUUCGAGAGAAACGUCAGUGAAACAAAAGACGAGCGCAAGUUUCAAAAUGUCAAAUGAGGGAACGUCAGAGAAACAAAAGAAAAGCAUCUUGGAUUCGCGUACUGAUCCAAUAACACAAAAUACGAACAGACCCAGAAGGAACAGCGAACUGAACCUCCUCCAACUUAUAAGAAAUCUAAACAUUUCAGACUCUGAUUCAAGUAAUAAAACUGAAACAGAAAUAAAUAAUACAGUAUAUGAAAAACCUGUUGAAAUAUCUUACAAAACCAAAGACAAACAUUUGAGAUUUGAUGAAGAAAUUGUCACAAUACCAAGGAACGAUACUCCAGAAAGCUCUGAACAUACAAUAGAUGAUGAAAAACCAGGCACGAGUAAGGAAUUUAAGGGUUUUUGGCGAUCGGGAAAGAAGAAACAAAAGAAAUCCCGUCUUCCUUUGCGAUGAUUCUACUUUUAUUUGGACUACAAAGCAACACGAUAUAACAAUAAACAGACACAUAAAAAAAGAGCCUAUUAUCAAACUUUCAAAU